ACCGUAGUUUUACCUCCGUGACGAAAGGCAAAACGUCAUACUUUCAGCCCGUCUGCCGCGAAAAUGUUGAAUUGCAGUCUGGUGAAGAAUAUGGAUUUCUCUUUCUGAAUAAAAAAGCUCAUAUUAAUUUAGCAAGUUUCCACUUGACUUGACAGUGUUCUUACUGUAGUUAAUUUUUUGCUUGCUAUCCAACAUGUUUUGUGAAAAAGCAAUCGAAUUGAUCAGGGAACUGCAGCGAAUGGGCGAUGGACAGUUACCUGCUUUCAACGAAGAUGGCAUUCGACAGGUGCUUGAGGAGAUGAAAGCUUUAUAUCAGCAGAACCAGAGUGACGUGAACGAGGCAAAGUCUGAGGGCAGAAGCGAACUGAUUCCAACCAUCAAGUUCCGUCACUGCUGCCUGUUCAGGAACCAGCGGUGCAUUGCUGCAUACCUGUACGACCGCCUCCUUCGCAUCCGAGCACUCCGCUGGGAAUACGGGAGCGUUCUGCCAACCGCCAUCCGGUUCCACAUGUGUGCAGAGGAGCUGGAGUGGUUUAACCAGUAUAAGAAGUCCCUGGCUACGUACAUGAGAUCACUGGGAGGGGAGGAGGGUCUGGAUAUCACUCAGGAUGUGAAGCCUCCCAAGAGCCUGUACAUUGAGGUUCGGUGUCUGAAGGACCAUGGGGAAUUUGAGAUUGAUGAUGGCACAGUCAUUCUCCUGAAGAAAAAUAGCCAGCACUUUCUUCCACGGUGGAAGUGCGAGCAGCUGAUUCGUCAGGGCAUCUUGGAGCACGUGGUCUCCUGAGCCAAUAAGAGGUCAGGACUACAGUAUACAGUAUUUGCUGGUCUGCCGAAUAUCCCUGUGAUGUAUUAACGAGCUGACGUCACAGAAAUAAAACCCAACAUUCUUUUGAUUUCCUUCAAAUGUUUCAUUGAUACCUUUUUUUUGUUUUGUUUUUUGGAACAUGCACUCAAUUUUUGUAGUCAUUAGAAAUCAGACAACAAAGUCGAGUCAUUCUGUCAUGGGAUGUAAUUUAUUACCGCACUUAUUUUUUUCUUCAAACGUUUGAAUUUGUUCAUGGACUGCUCUGUAUUGCCUUAAACCUCUAUGGCUUGGGUAUAACAUCACCAUUAAAUAUACAUUUUUUUACAAUUAAUCCUGUACCUAACACAAAUGGGGGCACGACUAGGGUGACAAUUAUCUGGCAACUUUAUCUUUGUCAAAAUACUCUUAACAUGAAUAACUUACGUAAAACAGAGUACUUUACAGCAGUGCAUGAGGAUUAGUGUGUGAUUUUGUUGUUUUUGUAUAAAAACUGUACAUUUUAUGCAUAUUGUGCUUUUGACAUUUAAAAUAAAGAACACUUUAAAAAACGG